GCCGAUUUUUUAAUUUUUGAAAAGGAGCCCUGUACCCUUUUCCCUCCUUCAAAUCUCUCUCUCUCUCCCCACUGUCACACGAACUGCAACUACUCGAACCCUAGAUUCUCCCCGUCAGAAACCAAAGCCCCCGAUCACACUCGACUCUCCACUCUCCACACCAAACCCCAACAAUGCAAGAAUUCAUCGGCUCAGUCCGUCGAUCCCUGGUCUUCAAGCCCUCCGCCGUCGACGACAAUUUCGGCGGCGGCUUCGGAGGAUUCGUCGAGAAGGUCGGUUCGAGCAUUCGAAACUCGAGAAUCGGACUCUUCUCGAAGCCUCAUCUCCCGGCGCUGCCACCGCCUGCGAAAGCUGACGACGAGAGUAGAAGUAGGAGAGACGAGGAUGCGCCGACGAUCCGGUGGAGGAGAGGUGAAUUGAUCGGGUGCGGCGCGUUUGGGAGGGUUUAUAUGGGAAUGAACCUGGAUUCCGGAGAGCUACUUGCCGUAAAACAGGUUUCAAUUGCAUCGAAUGCUUCAAAAGAUAAAGCACAGGCCCACAUUAGAGAGCUCGAAGAAGAAGUCAAGCUCCUUAAGAAUCUUUCGCAUCCAAACAUUGUUAGAUACUUGGGGACAGCUAGAGAGGAGGAAUCACUAAAUAUUUUGUUGGAAUUUGUUCCUGGUGGAUCCAUCUCAUCACUUCUGGGAAAGUUUGGUUCAUUCCCUGAAUCUGUUAUAAGAAUGUAUACGAAACAAUUGCUGUUGGGAUUGGAAUACCUUCACGAGAAUGGGAUAAUGCACAGGGACAUAAAGGGGGCCAACAUUCUUGUUGACAACAAGGGAUGCAUAAAACUUGCUGACUUCGGUGCCUCAAAGAAAGUUGUCGAAUUGGCCACUAUAACUGGUGCCAAGUCAAUGAAGGGCACUCCUUAUUGGAUGGCUCCUGAAGUUAUUCUUCAAACAGGGCACAGCUUUUCUGCUGAUAUAUGGAGUGUUGGAUGUACUGUUAUUGAGAUGGCCACAGGAAAACCUCCAUGGAGCCAGCAGUAUCAGGAGGAGGUUGCUGCUCUCUUCCAUAUUGGGACGACUAAAUCUCACCCUCCGAUCCCUGAGCAUCUCUCAGUUGAGGCAAAAGAUUUCUUGUUGAAGUGUUUGCAGAAGGAACCAAACUUAAGGCUUUCUGCAUUAGAUCUGCUGCAGCAUCCGUUUGUUACUGGGGAUUAUAAGGAAACACAUCCUUCGUUGCGCGCCUCAGUCAUGCCAAAUUCUGGAAAACGGAUGGCAACACCUGAGAUCAAAAUUAAGCCCUCGAUGGAACCUGGUAUCACGCCAUUGAAGGAUGAUCAUAUUAGUGUGAGGUGCUCAACUCCUGAGAAGUUCUCUGGUAGAGGACCAAUUUGGGGUUCAAGUUGUUGUGAUGAUGACAUGUGUCAGAUAGAUGAUAAGGAUGAUCUUGUGGUUGGAGCAUCUAUGAAGUUUGAUUCUGCUUUACUUUCGGAUGAUAUCAACAAGAGUUUUAAUCCUAUGGCUGAGCCUGACGAUGAUUGGCCAUGCAAGUUCGAUGUAAGUCCAGAGCUGGAGAAAAGUAGAGUGAACUUAUUUUCUGGCCACACAAUUAACAAGGCUGUAGAAGUUUCUGGAGCAUCUUCUAAUGGGGACAUAGAUUUUACGUUCCCAAGUGGUCCCUCAGUGGCUGAGGAUGAUGAUGAAGUUACUGAGUCAAAAAUUAGAGCAUUCCUUCAUGAAAAGGUCAUAGAUCUGAAGAAGCUGCAAUCGCCCCUCUACGAGGAGUUCUACAAUUCAUUGAAUGCACCUAGUUCACCAAGAACCAUGGGGAAUGAAAACAAAGAAAACUCGACAAAUAAUUUGACCUUACCUCCUAAAAGUAGGUCACCUAAACAGUCGCCUAGCAAAAGACUUUCUGCAGCUGUUGAUGCUGCCUACACUUCAAGCUCUGGGACUAAUUCCCAAUGUGUAUCAAAUGUUGGGGUUCAAGGUGAUCAAGCUCUUCCAGAAGGAGCAGAGCUGGUUAGUCCAAGUGCAAGCUUCUCUGAGAUACAAAGAAAAUGGGAAGAAGAGCUUUAUGAAGAACUUGAGAGGAAACGAGAGAUCAUGCGUCAAGCAGGUGUGCCCAAGUCGUCAUCUCCGAAAGACAGGAUUGUACAUCGACAGAAGUCUCGGUUUGCUUUUCUUGGCAAAUGAGUGUAUGUUUCUGAAGCCUCGCAAAAUUCAUGGCUGCCCAACUUGGAACAAUUUUUACCCUAUUCAAGAGCAUGGCAGCAGGAACUCCACUUUUUAGGAGGAAAGGAAAAUUCACUUGAAGGACCGGAUCAUCGAUAGAAAAAGGGAGCAUGAGAUUAGGAUUGCAUACCUAUCAUAAAUAUAGAUCACCGAAACUGGUGCUGGUGACCUUGGGCAAAUCAUUUGGCAAGAAUGGCAUAAAGUAACUCGUAGUUCAGGGCUACCUAGCCAAAGUUUGCGCGGUUUCUUGGCAGUUAGAUCGCCAAUUGUAUUAUACGAGGAAACAUCACGCAGAUAGUGUAUCUUUGUAUAUGGCCUUGUGUUUUCCCUGUGGCCUGUAUGCUAUUUUUCUUUUUCUUCUUUCCCUUUGAGGUGUUUGUUACGGCGAGAUGUGAAAGCUCCAGAGAGAAGUAUAUUCUGACUUAUUUUCGAAGUGUGGAACAUCUUGUUUUUAGGAAAAUUCCUUAGUGUAUGUGAAAGUGUUUUCGUUGUUGUGGAAUAAGAAACCUUUAUAUAUUGACGCCCUUUUAAUUUA